CGUCCCGCGACUGCGCACGCACCCAAGCCGCCGGGACGUGACUCGUGGAACGUCCGCUCCGGGCGGCGGCGGCAGAGGGGGCAGUGCGGCGCCCCGUCAGGGCUCCGGGUUCUGCGAGUAUCGUCGUCCGGGUUCAGGGCUGGGCUCGGUGCUCUCGGCCCGGCACUUUCAGAGGCUUCCUGAAGCGUCUGAGGGCUUUCCUCCGGUGGGGUCCCCACUCUGGCACUUACUUAGCCACCCAUUCACCUUUCAGGGGUCCUCGUACCCCUCCCGCCGCUAAUUAAGUGACGGGUGCAGUAGCCAAGGCGACCGCCUGAUUGACAGGCCUGAUUACCAACCAACUUCCGGAAGCUCCCGUCUGGGUCCGCCCGGCGCGUGGCCGGUGGCCCAUGAAAGAAGUGAAAGCGCCAAAAGAGACGGUAACCGGACAGCCUAGAUUGUUGGCAGUUCCCCGGAGAUUGCGCGCUGGCGGCUGAGGCGUUUUCGGAGAGUCGAACAAUGCCGUGACGCAGCACAGCGACAGCGUUGGCAGCGUGAGCGCACCCCCGUGGAGGGAGCCCUUCGGUCGCCGAGGUGGCGCGGCGAGGAGGCAGGUUGCUCUUUGAGGACGCUUCCUCGGAGUUCUUCUAGAGUGGGGGAGGGGUGGCGGACGACGAGCGGCCCCGGUCUGCGCUUGCGCCUGCACCUCUGCCGACCCGGCCCGCUUGCUCGCGCAUGUCCACUGCGCGCGGAGCCGCGGUGGCCGGCGGCACUGCGCAUGCGCAUUGAAGAGCCUGCCGAGGAGCGGCGCUGGCGGACGUCGGGCGAGCGGCGCGUGACGUCGUGAGGAGCGCUUUAAAGUGCGGGCUGGGCCGGGCGUCUGAGGGUCUGACCGGGAGUCGAGCCGUUCUUCCGCAGCGGCCUUCCGCGGCAUGAGGUGCUGCUGGCGCCCCUGCCCCCCGGGACGUGAAGGUAGAGGAGACGGAAGCCCCGUAGCCGCCACCGCUGUUUGAUCCGCCGCCCCUGAGGCUCGACCCAGCGCCUGGCCCCUCGACUCCCCCAGCCGGGUCCUCGUAUGGGGGCCUGGCGCUGAGGACCCCCUUCCCUCCGGGGGCCCCGGGGCACGUCCCCCGAGAGCCAUGCCCGGCCGCCCUGCCGGCCCCGAAGGACCCUAGAGCAGCGUUGCGGGGCCAUGGCGGCCGCCAGCGGUUACACGGACCUGCGUGAAAAGCUCAAGUCCAUGACGUCCCGGGACAACUACAAGGCGGGCAGCCGGGAGGCAGCGGCGGCGGCGGCCGCCGCCGUGGCCGCCGCCGCCGCCGCCGCCGCUGCCGCCGAGCCUUACCCGGUGUCUGGAGCCAAACGCAAGUACCAGGAAGACUCGGACCCCGAGCGCAGCGACUACGAGGAGCAGCAGCUGCAGAAGGAGGAGGAGGCGCGCAAGGUGAAGAGCGGCAUCCGCCAGAUGCGCCUCUUCAGCCAGGACGAGUGCGCCAAGAUCGAGGCCCGCAUCGACGAGGUGGUGUCCCGCGCCGAGAAGGGCCUGUACAACGAGCACACGGUGGACCGGGCUCCGCUGCGCAACAAGUACUUCUUCGGCGAGGGCUACACGUACGGCGCCCAGCUGCAGAAGCGCGGGCCCGGCCAGGAGCGUCUCUACCCGCCGGGCGACGUGGACGAGAUCCCCGAGUGGGUCCACCAGCUGGUGAUCCAGAAGCUGGUGGAGCACCGCGUCAUCCCCGAGGGCUUCGUCAACAGUGCCGUCAUCAACGACUACCAGCCCGGUGGCUGCAUCGUGUCCCACGUGGACCCCAUCCACAUCUUCGAGCGCCCAAUCGUGUCUGUGUCCUUCUUUAGCGACUCCGCGCUCUGCUUCGGCUGCAAGUUCCAGUUCAAGCCCAUCCGGGUGUCGGAACCGGUGCUUUCCCUGCCUGUGCGCAGGGGGAGCGUGACUGUGCUCAGUGGAUAUGCUGCUGAUGAAAUCACUCACUGCAUACGGCCUCAGGACAUCAAGGAGAGAAGAGCAGUCAUCAUCCUCAGGAAGACUAGAUUAGAUGCGCCCCGGUUGGAGACAAAGUCCCUGAGCAGCUCUGUGUUACCACCCAGCUAUGGUUCAGAUCGCCUGUCGGGAAAUAAUAGGGACCCUGCUCUGAAACCCAAGCGGUCCCACCGCAAGGCAGACCCUGAUGCUGCUCACAGGCCUAGGAUCCUGGAGAUGGACAAAGAAGAGAACCGGCGCUCAGUGCUGCUGCCCACACACCGGCGAAGGGGGAGCUUCAGCUCAGAGAACUACUGGCGCAAGUCCUACGAGUCCGGGGAGGACUGCUCAGAGGCCGCAGGCAGUCCCACCCGAAAGGUGAAGAUGCGGAGGCACUGAGGCCCACCGCAUCCUCGGGAACUCUGGUUAAUCCUCACGUAGCCACCCCAUUUUUGUUUCGUUUUGAGGGGUUUUGUUUCUGUUUUUGUGUUUAUUUUUUGACUCUUUCAUUUUUCCUUGGCUUGUUGCCUGUUAAGGCUGAAGAACAGAAUUGUUCUUGGUUUUCCUCCUGGAUGGAAGGCUGACAGCUCACGCCGGAGGGGCCAGUAGGGCAUGUGGGCAGCCGUCGGCAGGUGGGGCUGUCCGGCUGGUUUUAUUUAAAAGCAACAAAAUGUUUUUGGUUAAGAAAAUUCUUGUUUUGCUUUAAAUGUAAAUUUUCUCAGUGUUGUAAAUGAAGUUCAGUCCCCCCAGCACCCCCAUGUUUAACCUGGUUAAGGUCUCCUGGGCCUUGCUGGCUCCACAAGGGUCCUGCUGUCCUUCCACCUGUCACCUUCUCUCUAGGCUCCAGAAACUCACACAAAUACCCUCUUUUUCUUGCUGCAGAGUCAUUCAGGAUGACUGGGCAGGGCCUUAACAGUGCCAGCCCCUGCACCCCAGAGCUAUUGGCUGAGCCCUGGGCUUCCUCCACACCCACUGGCAUGCUUCGCCCACAGGUCCCUGGCUGCAGAGGGGCUGGCUGCAGCACUCCUGACUUCUUGCCGAGAGCACGCCUCUUUGCUGGGUUGCUCCUUUCAGGCAUAUGCGUGUGAUUGUAUGGAACAGUUAGACUGGCCAUGUUGGGGCAAUUUUAGGAAUUGUUUCUAGCUAAAGGGACUGGUGUCCUUCAAAGUCUAGCAUUUGGGGUAUGGAAAAUUGUGGUGUGUAGUAGGGUUUUUGUUUUGAGUUUUUAUUUUUCCCUUUGGUCUCGUCUUUUUCCUUUACCUUUUCUUUCUUCUACAUUGGCCAGUUUGGGCCUUUUCCCCAAGUCAUCCCCAUAGAAAGGUGCCUGCCCCUCUGUCUGCCUGUAGCAUGCAUCCAAGGCCAGAGCUCAAGGCCUGCAGACGGGGUUGGUGCCUCUUCCACUUUGGGGGCACGGGAUCUGGGGAAGGGGCUUUUAAAAAAUAGUGAUAAAAGGAAAACAAGUGGCCGUUGGCAGUUUCCACCUCCUCAGAUUCUGGAGGGCUAUAAGGUUUUGCUGGUCUAGAGUCAUUAGAAAUGUCUCCUUGCCAGCCAGGGCCAAGACCAGGCCUACUGAGAGCAGAGGCCCUCCCAGUGCCCAGGUUGCCACCACCACAGGGGGACCUUGUUUUACAGAGUCCUAGGCCUGGGGCUGCAGAAAUCCGGGGCAGCCACCAUCAAGAAGCCCCUUUCAGGAGCCAGAACUCCUUUGCCAGUGUGAAUUCCUCAAGUUGGAACUGCAGAACUAAGGCAGUUGCAUUUUUUUUUUUUUUUUACAGCUUUUUCCCCCCAAAAUGAUUUGUAGUUGUGUGUGCAGCACUUUGCCCUGAUACGUGUGCUCUACAAUAAAAACCAAAUCUAAUAUAUUUUGAAACAGUUGUCUGAUGCUAUCAUAAAAGAGGGCUUGCCUUUGGUGCUUCCUUAAUCCCUUUAUUUUCUCUUUAAACUCUGAACAGGGGGUUGGUGGUGGGCAGAGUUCAUUGCCCACCAGGGCUCCAGAGGAGACAACCAGUCGCUGACAGGGCCGAGGGCUGGAGGAGGACUUGCCUUCUGCUUUUUCUCCCACUCCCAGGAGGAUGGAUUUCAUAAACCAGAUGCCCAGGGCACUGUGGAUCCACAGGAGCCAAGAUUGAACCCUGCUGAGUUCUGGCAGCCCCUCUUCCUAGGGGUGAUCAGAGAGGCUGUGUGCUGAUGAAGGAGGGGCAGCACGAGCAAAGGCAGUGCGGGAGAGCAUGGUCUUUGUAGACGACAUGCAAGUGGUUUUGCUCAUUAAACAGACUGAGUUCUGGCCAAGCCCACACUGUGGCCCAAUAGUAAGCAAAACUAUCCUGGCCCUUGCUUUCAAAAUGCAUACAGUAGAAUGGUGGCAUAUGGACACAUACAUGAGAUAGACAUUUUGGGAUGGAGUGAGAUUGGGGCCCAGAGAGUUUCAGUACCUCCAGAUCCCAGACCUGGCUCCCAGGUCCUGGUCAAGGGCUUUGGCUUAGAGUCUCCCUCAUUUGCUUCAGUGUCCAGAGCCAGUCUGCUUGGCCAAAUUCUUGCUGUGGAAACCCAGCAAGCUACUUAACUGCCCAUUUAACAGAGAGUCCAGAUGGAACAAGUGUCUGGCCAGGGCUCAGGCCUGCAGAUUGGUGAGGGAUCUGGCCAGUUUGGCCUGCAGGGAUCAGCCACUAGCCUGCAGAUUGGGCCCUGGACGCCCCAGGGUGACAUUGGAGCUGAGAGGGAACGUAACUUGCCAAAGAUCAUCCAGGCUGUACAUGGAAGAGGUGGGCACCCCCCUUCUAGCCUGGGCCCCUGACUGGAAGCAUGGAUGAGAGCUCACAUGGAAAGCUAGGGAACAGAAGGGCUCUCUUCUGUAGCUGCAACCAAGCCAGACCCUGGUUUUUCCUAGUCCCUGGUGAAAGAGGCCCUUUGCCCUGCAGGUUUGAGGGACAGGAGAGGUGAGAGAAAGGGAGGUCCAGUCCUAGCAGGUCCUGCUGUGUCCUUGACUUCGGUCUCUGCAUCUGUACAGUGGCUCCUUGGCACCCCAUCUCUUGGACUAACCCUUUGAGCAGUCUUCAAGCCUGCAGAGGCCUUAAGGAAAUGGGAGUUCUCAUACCUGACUCCUGAAUUUCACUGUUUCCAGCCAGCUAUUGUGUCCCAUCAGUCUCUGCCCCCAGCCCAGGCUUGUACACAGUAGGUGCUCUAACAACAUCUGGCACCACUACUGCCCACUUGGGGAGCCUAUCCCAUUCCUCCAACCCUGUUGUGGGGGAAACAGGUCCAAAGUUACGUUCAUUCAUUCAAAAACUGUUUGUGUCCUGUUGUGCGCCAAGCUCUGCUGGGUGCUGAGGAUACAAGACAGACCUGGUAUAUGUCAUAUACACACAUGUUAUUAUAAAUUGUACUGAUAUAAAAGAUGUAUAGCACAUAAAGUACAAAUAAAAUAUACAGUACUCUUUAUUAUAAAUUCUGU